AUGUGUGCUCAGUCUCCCUUCGUGAGUGAAAAUGGUCAGGCAUCACAUUCGAUCACAUAUUUCCCGGAUCAGCUAACGAUUAAACCAUGCGGUUUGAGGCAGAUCGGUCAAGUCCGGUUUAUUCUGACCACGGUUUUUCCGGAACUGGUGUGUCUGAAGCCGUCCCAGUGGCUUUCCAUUAUCACGACUAGCCGAGUUGCACUGUACGACCAAAUAGUCCUUGGUGUGAUCUGUUAUCGAUUGGAGACGGACGAACGGAGAGCGAAAAAUCCCGAUCAGGAUGGAGAGCCGUUUGUGUAUCGGUGCUAUAUCACUCAAUUGGCCUGUCUAGCUCCGUACCGUCGCUUGGGUAUCGGGACGCGACUGUUGUCGGAUAUUAUUGAGAUUUGUGAGCAACGAGGAGAUACUGCUGCUAUCUAUUUGCACACCAAUGUGUCUAAUCGUGCCGCUAUUCAGUGCUACAGCAAACUGGGUUUCACAGUUGUUGCCACACAUAAAGACUACUAUCGGUACGAAGACGGACUUUUGAUGGUUAAGCAUUUGCAGUAA